AUGACUGAAACAGUUCAGGAGCUAAGAGCAAGACAGGCUGAGUUCGCCAAAGAGCUACAUGGUGAUGAGGCACACAGAGAGGGUAUGUCCGCUUGGUUAUCUAAGAAUAAAGCCGCUGGGCAAGAGGCGGUGGCCAAGUACCUAAAGCAUUGGGACGGUAAGACUGAUGAAGACGCGAUAGAGAAACGUAUGGCGGACUACAACGAGACCACUCACUCAUACUACAAUGUUGUGACGGAUUUCUAUGAGUACGGUUGGGGCUACUCUUUCCACUUUAGUCGUUUUUUCCCGGGCGAGUCGUUUGCAGCUGGUGUCGCUAGGCACGAGCAUUAUAUAGCUUACCGUGCAGGAAUCACCAAAGAUGACCUUGUACUAGAUGUAGGCUGCGGUGUUGGUGGCCCUGCCCGUGAGAUCGCGCGCUUUACGGGGUGUAAAAUUGUUGGGUUGAAUAAUAAUGACUAUCAGAUCAUGAAGGGUAACUUCUAUAACACUAAAUACGGCUUAUCUGACCAGAUUGAGUAUGUUAAAGGUGACUUUAUGAACAUGGAUUUUGAGGACAACAAGUUCGACAAAGUAUAUGCAAUUGAGGCCACGUGCCAUGCACCCAACCUUGAAAAGGUGUACAGCGAGAUGUACAGAGUCCUAAAGCCUGGUGGAACUUUUGCCAUCUAUGAAUGGGUCAUGACCGAUCGUUACGACGCUAAUAACCCCGAACACCGCCGCAUUGCUUACCAAAUCGAGCUCGGUGACAGUAUCCCUAAGAUGUUCCACGUCAGCGUUGCACGUGAUGCCAUCAAGAAGGUGGGCUUUGAGCUCUUGCACGCUGAGGAUCUAGCUGAUAACGACGACCCUGUGCCAUGGUACUACCCUCUAACUGGUAACUGGAAGUACGUUCAAACGCUUAGCGACUUCGGUACCUUCUUCCGCACCUCAUAUCUUGGCCGUAAGAUCACCACUUCAUUUGUUUUCAUGUUAGAAAAACUUGGCCUUGCUCCACGUGGGUCUGUUGAAGUGACGCAUACCCUUGAAGCUGCUGCUGAAGGACUUAUUGCGGGAGGUAAGUCCAAGCUAUUUACUCCUAUGAUGCUCUUCGUUGCUAGGAAGCCUAAUACUGGUGAGAGCUCUUCUUAA